AGCCCGGAUGUGUUUGAGUCCCGUAUGGAAAAAAGAAAUGAAGUGAAAAAGCAGCCUGUGGGGCAUUCCAAGCAAGGAGAAUUUAUCAGGUGCAUGGAGGAAAAGGCAGAAGACUCAGGCACAAAGACAUCGAAGGGAGGUUUCACAAAAGAUAAGACGCUUGAUUCGAUUCUCAAUGUUGAGAUGGUCAAAGAAAAAUCAGCGGAGGAGAUAAAACAGAUUUGGAAUCAGUAUUUUUCUGCAAAAGAUACAGUUUAUGCUGUUAUUCCUGCAGAGAAGUUUGAUUUAAUAUGGAAGAGAGCCCAGAAAUGUCCAUCGUUUCUGUAUGCUUUGCCAAGAAAAGAAGGCUAUGAGUUCUUUGUAGGGCAGUGGUCAGGAACAGAAUUGCACUUCACUUCACUAAUAAACAUUCAGACGCAAGGUGAAACUGCUCCUAGCCAGUUGGUUUUGUACCAUUAUCCUGAGCUGCAGAAGGAAAAAGGGAUAGUACUAAUGACAGCAGAAAUGGACUCAAAGUUCUUGGUGGUCCAUGAAGCACAGUGCUUGGCAAAUCAGGUGCAGCUUUUCUAUGCAACGGAUCGUUCCCAGACCUACGAAUUAGUGGAGACCUUCAACCACAGAUCUAGUGAAUUUAAAUAUAUGUCAGUUAUAGCAGAGCUUGAGCAAAGCGGGCUUGGAAGAGAACUGAGACCUGGUCAGGUUUCUGACAAGUCGUAGAGCCUGACCUGUGGGUGAAGUGAGCCAGCAGCAGGCAGGGCGUUUCCCAGCUGGGACAGUCCUGUUUCCUUUGUUUUAUGAAUUUAGUUUGGCUACAGAAAGGAUCUAGAGACACCUUGGGAGUGUGAUAGUUCAGCCUGUCUGGCACCGAUGCAAGAUGAGGACUUGGGCCAUUUGAACGACAAUAACUAAUUGCCAAAAUGAAGCCCUGUACUUCAGUGUAACUUCAUCAGAACGAGCCACUUCCCUGUCCUGUAACUUACUGCUGCAUGCUGUAUUUUUGACAUCUGAAAUAAAAUGGCA